AUGUUUUUUCCUGAAGAAGUCAAGGUUUCUCCACAAGAACAUCGUGUUUUUUGCUGUCAGAUAGUGUUUAUUGAAGCUGAUAUUUUAAUUGGACAAUCUUCAACAUCGGAGAGUGCAGCAAUUAUGGCACAUCCUCCCUAUACAUCGAGUGAUUUGGAUUUUGCUACAUUUCUUCAAUUGGCAAAAUCUAGUGAAAAGGGAUUAAAAUUAGAUUUCAAAGAUAUUAAUGCUGUACAAUCGUGUCUGAAUGAACUUAAAUUGCAAAAAGAACAGAUAAAUGGUCCAAUUUUGUUGAAUGCUGCUCUUGUACAUGGUGGUUUCGGUUCUCGUAAACCGAUAACUGCUGAAAAAUUUCUUCAUGAAUGUUUAUCCUUUUCGUUCAAUGUAGCAUGA